CGGUUACAAUGAUGGUUGUUGGGUAGCGCACCAAACCACAACAGCGAACCAUACUGGCCAUACCGCGUCUGGGCAGCGCCUCGGACGUGAUGCCCGCGACCACGUUCAAGGUGUACCACUAACUUUCAGUCGGCGGCGGCACACGGUGGCUUACGGGUGGGCUCACUGCACGAUAGGGAGACGACGCACUUCAGUGUCGCAAAGUGUCGGAUCGGCCCGUGCGAAGGGAUCGCCGUUGUUCGUAUCGCAAAGACGGGCUGGCACAACCUGUGCUACGAGCAGUCCACACACGGUACGGGCGACCGGUACCAAAGGGCAUUAGUUGAAAAGGCGCUGUUAAACUUCGACCGUCAGUUAUGUAAAACGAUUCUCCACAGGAAACAACGAUCAAUUGACCAAUGUUAGGUUAAAGCAAUUGCAAGUUCUCAGUUUUUAAUGUGUACCUCAAGUGUUACGUUACGGAAGAACGAAGAAGAGACAGUCUCGAAAACAUUCUACAGUGUAAAACAGUGAUCAGUGAUAGAAUCGAUCUUACACCAAGAACUGAUAACGAACAAAUUGCCACCAUGUAUCCUCCGAUACUAGUGUUAGUGUUAGCGUUAGUGUCCAUUUCCCGCCAAACGUCCACUCUCGAACUGCAGGAAGAUGACGGUCGGGAAAGUGACAGUUAUUCUAGUCCCUAUGGAAACCCGGUGAUGGUUGCUGGUCCCACCGGUUCCCUGCUAGCGUACGGUGACAAUGCGGGUGAAUCUGCCACCGUUCCCGCGGAUACCGUAGCAGCCGCAUCCUCGGAAAUGCUACCACCGGGCGGACUGCUGGACAGUGUCUACUAUCAGCAUCACAACAAUCCCGAGCAACAGCAGUAUGGUGGUGCGGGUUCGUUCGGUAGUAGCGAGGAGGACCCUGCCAUCUACCCCGAUAGCUUCAACAGCUCGGAGCUGAACGGGGCAGACGAUCAGUACCUGACUACCGGUAGCUCCGUGCCGGACUACGGGUUGAGUUUAGCUGCGUCGAGCGAACGGAACGAUAGUGUCGAACAGCCGUCCAGUGUAGACAUUGAGGCGCGUGCUAGUGUUCCGCAAGCGUUCGUGAGUGAACAGGAGGAGCAAGCGCGUGAAUCCCCGGAAGAACACCCGCUUCACCGGGCAGUGCAUCAUCAUCCGCGUGAGGAACCAACUCUGAGCAGUAGAGCUCUAGAGCACCAUCAUCUGCACCAAGAUUUGCCCUCGGAAACGACCAACCACCUAUACAACGGUGCCGACACGAGUGGCAGCACCGGAGUCAACGAUAGUGCCGAACACUUUACCUCACCCGACGGAGAGAACAAUGUGGAGGACACGCAGGAAGACGAUGUUCUGCAGCUGGCGACUACUACCACGCUUCCCUCCGGGGUGGCUUCAGUAGGAACGAGCCCUGACCAGGAAGGUACCACCGGUAACGUGGAUCACCCACCGGCCGUGCUGCAUCCUCUGCGACCCACCAAACCGGUCCCAUCGUCACACACCGGCAGCGGCAGCGGGUUCGACGAGAGUAAACUCUCCAAACCGGAGCUGUUGGCGCAGCUGAUCGCGGACAAGAAUCUUCGCAUGCCGAUCGCUUUUCUCGUCGACACGUCGAACGAUUCGCUUGCCUUUACCAAGAAGGUGCUGGAGGCCUCACUAGUGCCGAAAUCGCCGCUCGAUGCGAUCCUAAUGCGCUACAACGCUACCGGCAUAUCGAAAUCUGUUACCUUCCGCAACACGAAGUCCUUGAUGGAGGCGGUCAAUCUGCUGAAACCAAGCUACGAUCAUGGCGGCAGCGAGUACUACAGCAUACUGCGAACCUCCCAAGAGAUACCGUACGAUAGUGCGAUCUUCCUCGCGACCAGCAGAGCCUCUACCGAUGCACAGCUUUCCCGCAUGACCGCUCUCACCUUGCUCAAGAAACGCAUUCGGCUGUACGUUAUCUGGUUCGGGGAGGAGAUUCAGGACAGCAAGCAACAGCUGGACCAGCCCACGACCAACCAAACGGCACUCCACGAGCUAGCCCACAAGACCGGUGGCCGUGUGAUACACUUCGAACUCGAUCGAUACUUUGGCAGCAAUCCAGUGUUGACAACCCUACUAGCCCAGCACGAUCUGCACGGAGCGCAAUCCAUCCCGGUCAGCGUCGGGGAGGAUGUGAACAGUUUGUACUUCAAGCUGCACGGUCACAUCGAUCAGGCCACACUGGAAACGCCAAAUGGAACUGUAAUUGAUUUGAUUCGUGACAAGGACCUACACUACCGGACAUCAGUAAAAUUAGCGGAAUUGGACGACACGAAGGAGAGUUCUUUGCUACUGUACCACCUUAACCAAACACAUCCGGGACACUACAGGCUAAACGUAUCCUCGUCAAGUGUGGUGGGCAACUUGUACAACGUUACGAUCAAGUCUUCACAGCUCUAUUGGCAUGGAAACGACGCGGUUGACAUUGGAUCUGAUUCAGCAGUGGCACCAGAGCUGUGGGACACGGCAGAGGCCGAGGAAUCGCUGAACAAUAAUGUGGAAGGAAAUAUCAACCUCCAGCUUUACUCUGGUGGAAGCUCAAAAUUGCCGCGAACGAGCGGAGGUGAGCAUCGGUUUGCGCGCCAAACUGAGCUUACCGAUGAAGACAGCGGCAUCAUCAGUGGUCGGGCAUCGAUCCAGGCCAUCACCAAGGUAGACGUUGGCGUUAACUCACAGCUGAUCGGAGCCCGCGGCCAGGCACUGCAGCUCUACUUUGAAGUUACCAACUACCGCCAAACUCCCAUCACGUACUUCUUCCGCGUCACGGACGAGCUAUCGUUUCUACGCACACUCAAUCCCGGACAAGUAACACUAAGCCCCGGACAGUCAGUCAUCGUAACGGUCGCGCUAAUUGUGUCGCCAACGGCUGAGAUUGGUUCCCGCGACAAGGUAACGUUCUCCACGACCGGUGUCGAUACGGUGUCACAGUCAGCUUGGGUUACCGUGUCCGAUUCGGCCGGGCUUGCCGAUACCACUCGCCCAUCGCUCUGGUACACGUACUCCAGCCGCUGUGAGGGACGAUCAACACCGGCCACCUGUACCGGUGCGUUCUGGACACUGGAGGUGAUGGCUCGCGAUUAUGAGACAGGCCUCAUGCGCAUCUCCUCCAGCCCGGCCGGCCUGCUGUACAAGACACCGUUCACGGCGGGCACACGGGAUGAGGUGCGGGCUAGCUAUACCGCUUCCUGCUGCCAGCCGCGUGUAACCGUCACCGCGUACGAUGUCAGCCGGAACGUGCGCAGUCUUAAUCUGGACGUAACCGAUAUCUGGCUGAACGAGGCGGGCAUUGCUGCCGUCGUGCUCGGUAUACUGCUGUUUAUCGCGCUGAUCAUACUGCUCAUACUGCUCAUACGGUACUGCAUUCGCAAACGACGGCAGUCGAAAGAGUUACCGAUCUACCGGGGCGAAUCCGUCGGUACGCGGCGUACCAAGUAAUGGUUGGAGAGAGUUGUGAGCGUAGAUUUAAGCGUAGAUGUUUGUUUUGUUAAUGUUCUCCUCGCCUUAGCUCGUAAGAAAGUCGUAUUGAACGGCAGUCAAUUUUAUUUUUUGUAUUGUGAGUAGAAUAGUUACCAAAAACAGUCAACUGGCACGUGCAGAGAGAAUAAAUGUUAAGAUUAACUUGCUCCAGUAGCAGACUUCUUCCUCUUGGUAUAGUGGCAGAAAUUCAAAUCCCACCCGAGCCCCAUUUCGUCGAGCUCCGGACUGACAAACCUUGCUACAACAAAAUUAAAACCAAUCCUGGAAGCCAGAAAUGGCAGGCCCAAUAACCAUCGAACAUUCUAAUAAUUUCAAGGCCUAUAUAUGACAUCGCUGGAGCGCCAAAUACACAUCUUAAUGUAACGUUU